AAUAUUUGUAAAAUUCGAAAUUAUUGGGGUCACUGAAAAAAUUUCUAACCGAGCUUUGGCUCACACUCAAAUUUAACUGUGAUAUUUGUGAGCAUUUUGAGCCAAAUCAAGCAGAGAUAUGUCAAGUUGUUCAAACGUUGAGAAUUUAUCACCUCAAGUAAUCCGGCAAGUAGCUCGAGAGCUAGGAGAACUUUGUAGUGAUCCGCCUGAAGGCAUAAAAGUAUUUACAAGUGAUGAAGAUAUUACAGAUAUACGGGCACAGAUUGAAGGGCCAGCGGGAACUCCAUAUGCUGGUGGACUUUUUAGAAUGAAACUUGUGCUAGGAAAAAACUUUCCUUCAGAACCACCAAAAGGUUUCUUUGUUACGCGGAUAUUUCAUCCAAAUGUUGCAAGCAAUGGGGAGAUUUGUGUGAACACUCUAAAGAAAGACUGGAAGCCAGAGCUUGGAAUCAAACAUAUACUUCUUACCGUUAAAUGCCUUUUGAUAGUCCCUAACCCAGAAUCUGCUUUAAAUGAAGAGGCGGGGAAACUUUUACUGGAGCAAUACGAAGAUUAUUCAAUGAGAGCUAAAUUAUAUACAGACAUACAUGCAAAACCUCCAAAAGCAUCAACAGAUUCAGGUUUAUCAUCACAAUUGAAAGGAAACAUUGAAGGACCAAUGGCGAAAAAACAUGCCGGUGACAAAAAACUCAUAGACAAAAAGAAAAAAGAGAAAAAGAAAGUGCUGAAGAGAUUAUGACCCCCAUUGUUUCUGUCAGAUUUUAUGUUUAUUUUCCAUGUUAUUUAUACAUUUUGAUGUGUCGGCCAGACAUGUCACCUCAUUGACAUUCUUUUACGUACUGGUAUGAACAAUGCAUUUUAUACAUAGGGAGUAUCCGGUCAACACUCAUUGGGCAUACCGUCGUGACUGUAGAAGACACCAGCUGUGGCUAGUCCAUGGCCUACGUUCUAAUACAACUCCAACAGGUGGCAACGAUCUGAUAGUAUUGAUCAUUUUAUGAACUUUCAUUUUAUCUAGUGAAAUCAACCAGUUACCAAUUCUUCACUAUGACGACAGCAAGUUAAAUAGCAUGUUUGAUGUGCACAAAUUUUGUUUUGUACAUAUAGAACUCUUAUGACAAAGAUUUGUCUUUAAAUCAAUCAUGUGUAUCAUACAAAUCUUAAUAUAUAAUGUGAAAUAAAUGUACAAUAAAUGCAAUUUUUACAAGA